CGUAGCUACUUGAAACAGAUACAACGCUGAUAGUGCGGGUGUGAGUAGUUCGUCAGGCAAUUCAAUUUCAAGUGUCCGUGCGCCAGGGUGGAUAAUUCAUCAUCAUGUCCUUCAGCCAGAGCUAACACCGACUCUAACCGGUCACACACACACACACACACACACACACACACACACACGCACGCACACACACACACACACACACACGCACACGCACACACACAGAGUCCCUGACGUAUGCUACCUCCGCCUCAGGCUCUCAUCAAGGGCAGUUUCUUCAGGGCUCUUAUUCGGGACUUGCUUCUGAAGCUCAGCAGAACAGAAUCGCAAGGCGAGCGCCGGGGAUCGCGACUCCUCGUCGCGUCAUCCUCCUUGGCUCUGAUUCCUCAUGCUAGGCUGCUUUUGAGGCUGGGUUGCUGUUCUUAAUGGUCUCCGGCUGUGAGCGAGCGAGAGAGAGAUGACAGCUGCAUCAUCGAGUUGAGCAACCCAAACUAUUUGCUGACUAGGAUUCGAACUUUCACAAGCUUAAGAGACAUACUCUUGGACUCCAGAAAAUGAUGGCAGAUCUCAGAAUAGGUAAUUGAUGGAGUGCCAGAUGAAGUUGAAGCGGUUCAGCGAUGAAUCACAGACUCACAGCACCAGAGUUCAAUCUCCCACCACUUUUCAAGUUUUGGACUUGACGACCUAUCGUGAAUAAACUGUUGCUUUCCACUUGUGGGAAGGAGGCAAGCAUUUGAGGAAACUGGGUGCUUUAGUAUCCCUUGGGAGGGGAAGCAAAGUGAAAAAAAAGCAAAGUGAAAAAGAAGCAAAGUGAAGAAAAACAGAGUCAUAUAUUUCUGGGCAGUUCAUAGCUCACUGCUUGGGGGACUCCCCAGCAAAAAUGGAGCACGGCCUGGUUGGCUUACCAAUCGUCAGUAGUAUUGGCAACCGCUCUGUCACUGGCCCUCAUUGCUGCGCACUGCAGCUGGCCAUCGAUGUUGGGCAGAAUCGGACGCUCUCUACGACUCCCCAUGGUCUCCACAAAGGCCUUACACUGUCUUCUUCCUCUUCUUCUUCUUCUUCUGCUGCUGCUGCUGAUAAUGCAAAUGCCUGCUGCCAUGGUGUCAGCAACUCGCUUCGUCAACAUCUUCAACUCAGCCAUCCAGUAGCAGGAAGUCAUACAAACUUCAGAUGCCAUGCUCCUCCUCUGGGAAAAGUUAUGGCGAUCGGCCCCAGGAUGCCUUGGGAGCAGGUCCAUCAGCGGAACUGUAUUGAUUCGUCCCUUCCGGCACUGUGGCUCCAUCAGGGAGAUCAAAACCGCUCGCAUCGGCGGCAUCAGUUGAUGCCGCCCAAUGUCUCGAUGCCGCCUUCCUCAGAGGCUGAGACUAAGAUAUUAGAGGAAAUGGCAGAAGACUCGGAAACAACCUCUUUGUCGGUUGCUGAUGAAAUAGGGUUUACAGGGGUCCAUCAUGUGGCGGUUCUCUGCGAGAAUCUGGAGAGAUCGCUCGACUUUUAUAUCGGCGUUCUGGGCCUUCAAGUCAAUCAUGACCGUCCAGCAGACAAACUGCCAUAUAGAGGCAGUUGGCUUUGGGUUGGGGAGGGGAUGAUUCAUCUCAUGGAGCUGCCGAAUCCUGACCCUAAGACAGGACGUCCUGAGCACGGUGGACGUGACCGCCAUGCAUGCAUCUCCAUUUCAGACAUCACUCCUCUCCAGGAAGCGCUUGACAAGGCCGGUAUUCCCUAUACAAUGAGCAAGUCGGGACGGCCAGCUCUGUUCACUCGGGAUCCCGAUGCAAACACGUGGGAGUUUGUGCAACUGCCUUGACAGGCGUCCGUCCACCCAAGCUGAGGACACAUGCCGUACUCUUCAGGUAUCUCCGUUGGUCUGCUCUCUCAUCUGCUAAAAUGUGACUCCAAAAGUCACAAGCUUGUUUGUUGUUGAAUGAGUGAUGAAUGAACAUGCCUUUGUUUUUGUUUUUUUUGUGAUAAAAAGAGUGGCAACUUAGCAAUCAAUGCAACUUCAGAAAUAUUUCCUUCUCCUUACGUUCGUUCGUCCUAAUCCGAACGUUGUUCAUCAUUGGAUUGAAGUUUGAAAAAGGUCUGUUGAAGAGUAGGAGCAUUAAAAGAGUUUAGUUGUAUGGGACAGGCUGGGAAUAGCAAUCAAUGCUGCAACUUCAGGAAUAUAUUCCUUUCGCCUUAUGUUCAUCCAUAUCCUAACCUUCCUCUUUUGGUUUGAAAGCUUUAGAAUAGUUUGUUGAAUAGUAGUAGGAGGAGCAUUUACUAGCAAUCAAUGCAACUUCAGGACUAUUCCUUUCGCCUUUCGUUCAUCCAAAUUGUGACCUCCUUCACUGGAUUGAAGUUUGGAAAUACUUUGCUGGAUGGUAGGAGCAUUUAAGGAAUGUAUAAGACAGGCUGGGAAAGCGGAAAGCGGAAAGCGGAUUAAUUUGUAGAAGUCUCCUUGGCACUAACUAA